AUGCCAAGGAAAUCUAAAAACAAAUUGAACAAAAAACGUGAAGAAGAUGAUGAACCGGAAUUAAAUAACGGGAAUAUAGUGGACGAUGAUGAAGAAGAUGAUUAUGAAACAACAGAGGAAUCAGAGGACGAUUCGGCGCAGUUUUUAACAGAGAAGGUUGAAGAUAAUAUUUUUAAAACGCUUUUGAAAAUUAAAAAUAAGGACCCGGAGAUUUACAACAACGAUCACACGUUCUUUAACGACUCAGAUUUUGAGGUGGAAGAAGAUGAAAAAGACAAAGGACCAGAGAAGCCUCUCACGUAUUCGGAUAUGCUCAGAGAAACACUGUUAAAGGAAGGAGCAGAAGCAUUCGAAGAAGAAGAUGAAGUUCCACAAAAGGGUUUAACAUAUAACGAUGAGCAGAGCCAGCUUAAAAAGGAGUUCCUAGAGGCGUCUAAAGCACUGGACGACGAAGAGUUUCUGACAAAGAGCGAAACGGUGGACGAGAUUCCAGAGUUUAAGCCAUCCAAAGCGAUUGCAGCGAGUGAAGAAACUCUGGACGAAAAUGAACAGUUCUUGAAGGACUAUAUCCUGAAUCAAAGGUGGAGAGAGGACAGAUUAGAAAAUUUUAAGGUGGACCACUCAUUGGAGAAAAUUGACGAAUAUGACGAGGAGCAUUUAGAAAAGGCAGACGAAUUCGAAUACAAGUACAACUACAGGUUUGAAGAACAAGACGGGUCUAAGAUAAUUGGAUACCCAAGGAAUAUUGAGGACUCAGCAAGGAAGCCAGAUGAAAGAAGAAAGUUGAAGCGCGAAGAGAAGAAGAGGAGGAAGAUGGAGGAGAAGGUCAGAAGGGAUGAGAAGAUAAAGAGGCUUAAGAACAUAAGGAAGACUGCGUACGAGAAGAUGCAGCAAAUAGCAUCGACUGCAGGAGUCCCAGUAAACCCGGAAGCAGUAGACCUGGACGCUCCCUUCGACCCAGAGCAGCACGAAAGAGACAUGAAGAAGAUAAUAGGACUGGGGUACGACAAGGACGAAUUGGACGACAUGGACUCUGAGGAGGACCCGGAGUUAUGGUGGAAGUGCGACGAGUGCAGCAAGGGAAUACCGGCAGGGCAGCUGCACUACGACUGCAAGGCCUGCGAAAACUACACGCUCUGCGAGAAGUGCAUAGGGCAGGCGGCCCACGAGCACAAGGAUUUCAGCAGCAAGAAGGUGCCAGUAGUGUGCUCGCCGCCGGAUGAAAUGGAGGAGUCAUUCGACCUCGACUACGAAGACUACAUCGCAGACAUGCCAGUGAAGUUUAAGUACCGCAAGGUGGACCCGGUGCCCUGCGACGUAAACACAGUGCUGGAAAAGUCGGACAAGGAGCUGAACCAGAUGAUGCCGUUGCGUAACUUAAUAGGCUACGACACACCAGGUCAGCCAAAGCAUCAAGCAGACUUCAAGAAGAAGAGCCGCCACCAGAGUAAGGGCAAGAAGUUUGAGUUCAAGAGCCCCAACAAGGCGAAGAAGUAUAUGAAGUCGAUGACGACCUACAACGUCAACAGAGACAGACUUUCUGCCUUUGGUUUGGAAAAGAGGAAGUUGUCCAAAAAGAAGCAAGACUAA